UGGGAGACGGUCCUGGCUUUCGCUUCCCCCCUUUAUCUCCCUCCAUUCGCUGUACCUGCAGCCCAGCCCAAGCCCGCGCUCCCGCGCUCACUGGUUGCUAUGGUUGUUGCUCGUUACGAUGCUUCUGUGGUUUUUGUGAACACGGUGGUAGCGGCGGCGGGACAAAUCUCGCUCACUCUUUGCCUCUCUUCUCAGCGUGUUUUUUUUUUACCAUUUCCAUCCCCUUGAGUCCUCUCUCAUUUUAAUCUUCGUUUUUAAUUCUGACUCUUCUGCUAUGAGGAUCCGUAAGGGUCACCGAUGCUUGCCGCUUCCGCCUGCCGAUCGUUCCUUCUUGCAGGAGAUCCCGGUGAAUCCGGAGAAAGAGGUUUGUUCGAAUGAGGACAGGAAGGACGACGCGAAGCAGGCGUUAUUACGACUCGUCGCGCUUGCUGCUGCUCCAGUUGCAGACAUCAUCAGUGGUCCUCAGUACCUGCAGGAACAUGCAAACGGUUCAUCCGUGGAAAGAACUCCAGGCUUGGAUAAUGAUAUAGAGAAGACCAGGGUUUCAGCUGAUGAUAAUUUCAACGGGCACUCUUCCAUGCAGGACACAGGUAUCGAUUCAGCAGUGAGGAAUCAGACAGCAACACCGCCGAGGACGAAAUCUGUCUUUACCAGGCACAAGCCAGUCUUCACAGCUGGAACAGCCCGUAGCAACACAUCCACCAUAGAAAUGGAAGAUAAAGCAGAUUUGUUACUGCAAUCAUUACGCAAUUUUUGCUCAAAAUCGGGUAUAACUGGUGUAAGUGCUUGCGACGCAGUUGCCCAGAUGAUAGAGCAAGGCUUACCAGGGUCAAACGACGGGGAUGAAAGUUUGACUGUGAACGUGGCUAAAUUAUUUCGCGACAGCUCUAAAUUUAUAGAACACGAAGGGCGUGGGAGAUAUUUCUUCCCGGAUUUUCCUGCACGCGAAGAAAACGAGUCGUUGAUUACAGGAGGUUCAGAAUUCUAUGGGGGAGAAGCGGUUUCAAGCAGCGAUAUGAUAGAAGCUGCUAGACAGCUACAAAAUCUACAACAGAGCUAUUCAAAUCUGCUCGGCUCUGGUUUUCUUGAACUGAGUGAAUCUCCAUCCUUCCAUGAUGGCGAUCAUAAGACAGUUAAGAACACGAUUGAAGGACUUGUUGGACAGUCAAAUGUUGGCAGAGAUCAUAAGCAUGUUACAGCAAUAAAUCAGAGAGCCAGCUCGAAUGUUUCCAGAUCACAGAAAGUUAUCCGUGCUGACCAGGUUGAGUAUCAGUGCAAGCGGGAUGAUGGAAAAGGCUGGAGGUGCUCUCGACCUGCAGAAUUCGGGAUCACAAUGUGCAAAUAUCACCGAGAACAGAUUUGGAAGUCUCAAAGUCGUCGAAAGAGAGCCAAAUUUGACGCGGAACUAACCGUUCCUGCUGAGAUUUCUUCGUUCACAUACGUGGCCAAUGCGCGCGCCGUACCGAAUGCCGUCACAACAGCAAAAGAUCAUUGUACAUUUCUGGACGAAGAAUUGCCGUACGAUGAACGUCGGCAGUUUGUAAAGGCGAAGUCUCUGAAGUCUCUACUAUCGAUCAACGGUGGGCAGACGAAAAUUUAUUAACGGAUUUGAAAGUCAGUGCAAGGUGUUCCGCCUUGGGGAGAUCUUACAGUAACUUGUAGGAUUUUCAUUUGUACAUUUGUUUGAUGUGGAUGUAUUGCUUCUCCCCCAUCUGAUGCUAUAGUACUCAAGAAACUACUCAUUGAACGUUGUCAUCGAGGGUUCGGUUCUCAAUGUUUCUAAACUGGACAUUAAUUCUAGAGUUUAUUUAAAAAGGGCAUGUCAGCAUAGGGAGACGUCGAGAUGGAAUCCUCAAUGACCUAACGAUUUAACUGUAUUCAUUUCGAAUUGGUGUUGAUAAAUUUGAGAACUUAAAUAGUUGCAUCCUGCGGGAUGGAUAAUUUUGAUGACAUACCAAGAUUCAGGUGAGAGAAUCCUGAUUGCUUGAAGCGAGCGAGAUAUGUGAACUUUCGGUUACAACAGCGACCACGAAUAUCCAAGAUUCAGGGCGUUCGCUGCAGAGCUGGAAAGUGACAGUGAAGGAUCAGUCGUUUAAUUUACAGGAUUUGCGGAAAUUUUCGUCUCACAACGUGUUGCAGUUGCGAGCACUGCGGACGAGUAAUCCUCACGAGUGGGGGCAAAGUCCUGGGAAACAGUAACACAUCACACAGAAUCCUAAGUCAUCAACAGGCAUGGUUCACACCAGCGUACUGGAUGAGAAAACAAACGCUCUUCGCCAAAAGCAAAAACUCAAUAUAGCUCUACGACAAGACAUGCAACACCAGGAGAGACAUCUUGAGCUACGUCCGAGAGGUGCCACCUGCUUAAUCCACAGGACCAGCUAGCUGAAGAAACACAAUCUCCUACUGACCUUUUCCAAUGUCAAUCUGCGUACUCACAGCUCAUGUGCGCAGUCCGACGAAGUAGAACUGAAGAGGACGAAGUCUACGUUGCCGAGUACCCAGUCAUAGACUAACGUGCACAGAAUAUUUCUCGUGCGCGGUGACCACGACAUGCUACCUAGGUUGCCAAAGCUCAACCGAUUGUCCAAACCCCUUCACGAUAAGAAGAAAACACUCUGAAACCAUAACAUCUGAUUCAUGAAAUCACAUGCCGCCGACGAUACCGGCACCUUGGCCGUCGCCAUGUUCUCAAGCGCGGAGCUUAUAAGUUGAUGAUUUAGCCGAGUCUGGUAUGUUUUGGUUUUAGAUUGGAGAGUACUUUCCCGUUCAUGUUUUAUGUAGAAAUGGAGGUGUAUUGAGUGUCAAGUGAGUGGCAUUUGAUUCAUCUACUGUAAAAACCGGGCUCAGAGUUUCAGUGGUGUCUAAAUAUGAUCAAAUAAAGUUGUGAAUCUGUUCGGGAAGUA